UCAGCUGCGUCUCCUUCCUUCCUUCCCUCCUCUGGAACGGAGUUUCAGUCCUACAUUACAGCCUUUGACGUAGCAGCUGUUUUCCAGUCUCUUUUGUUCUUACGUCAUUCGCAUGAGCCUGCCAAUCUGUCUCAUGCGCCCCCGUAACCGUCUCUGCCAAUUUUGUGGGCGAACAUAGUGUGUGAAGUAUUAGGAAGGAAGUAAAGUAAUUACUUACGGAUGAGAAACAGAGAAUCAUUGCUGGUGGGUUGGACGUCGCGAGCUUUCAGUUAGGAUUAUUCCUCGCGGUGAAUGCAUUGGAGUGUCAGCACGGAGAUGAACCUUGGGUGUCCGGAGAUGCUGCAUGUGUGUGGUUUCAUGUCAUUGCGGCACAUCUCGGGAUAUGGGGUGAGUCACAAAGUGAAGUGUCGAUGGUAAAUUGGGACAAGCGGCAAGAGUCGGUUGUUACUACGUUAUUUGAACUGAGCGAUGGUGAGCGGGAGUAUGACGGUCAAGAAAUGCCAGUGAGAUAGGGCGAGGGAGCGAGAGAGGGGCUGGAUCAACGCAUGGAAAGAGUAUCGUAAAAGAAUAGGAACAAUAGGGAUCGAGAACGAAGGAAGACAGAAGGUGCGAUGAUGUGCGUGUGCGUUAGGGCGUCUCUUCGAAUCCAUGCAUGAACGCAUUUCACGUCACUCUGUCACGACGUCCUCUGACUUGACUGGGUUUCAACAAUUUUGUAAACAUGUAAGACGACCUGCUGCAUCCCUCUAAUCGUCGUGUGUUUAUACUAUGAGUCCGAUUCUCCCUACUCGUCGUGGUAGCAAAGGAAGGCACCAUAUUCACUUACACCACUGCAGCAGUGGUGGGAGUCACUCACGAUGUGACUCUCCUGACAGGAAUCUUGAUCUCUAUUCCUCCCCUGGCAGCAGGUCCCAAACUCCUGAUCAAGCUAAGAGCAAUAAUGAAUUGGUGGUGUGCUUUGGGGAGUUGCUCAUUGACUUUGUCCCCACUGUGGGAGGACUUUCGCUGGCUGACGCCCCAGCGUUUAAGAAAGCGCCUGGUGGUGCACCCGCGAACGUUGCCGUCGGGAUUGCAAGGCUUGGGGGAAAUGCUGCCUUUGUUGGCAAGGUUGGAGAUGAUGAAUUUGGGUACAUGUUGGUGGAGGUGUUGAAAGAGAACAGAGUGGAAACAAAAGCUUGUCGCUUUGAUCCAAAUGCCAGGACUGCACUUGCGUUUGUAACAUUGCGAGCUGAUGGGGAGCGUGAAUUCAUGUUCUAUCGUAACCCUAGUGCAGAUAUGUUAUUUGAGACGAAGGAGCUUGAUACUGAUAUUCUCAAAGCGGCCGCUAUACUGCAUUUCGGAUCCAUCAGCUUGAUCACGGAGCCCUCACGUUCAACGCACAUGGAAGCCAUGAAAGUUGCCAGAGAAGCUGGGUGCUUGUUGUCUUAUGACCCAAAUCUUCGACUGCCAUUAUGGCCUUCACCAGAGGCUGCUAAAGAGGGUAUUAAGAGCAUUUGGGAUGAAGCUGAUAUUAUAAAGGUUAGUGACGAGGAAGUGGUAUUCCUUACCGGUGGGGAUCCCACGAAGGACGAGAAUAACAUGAGAAUGUUUCAUCCUAAAUGCAAAUUGAUGCUUGUUACCGAGGGUGGGGAAGGAUGCCGGUAUUACACUCCGAAAUUCCGGGGAAAAGUGGGCGGUAUUAAAGUACAGGUUGUUGACACAACUGGGGCCGGUGACGCAUUUUGUGCUGGCCUAUUAAGCAAUCUUGUGAAGGAUCCAGGCCUCAUUGAUGAUGAACAGCGGUUGAGAGAAGCUCUGAAAUUUGCUAACGUGUGUGGAGCUAUUACCACAACUGAGCGAGGAGCAAUUCCAGCUCUGCCUGAUAGGGAUACAGUCAUGAGGAUGAUGAGGAGACCAUCUGUUGCACAAAGUUCUUCCACAGAUCCCUCCUGGCAAGGUUAUCAAAAAUGGAGGUUCCGCAAUUCCACCUUCGUUUGAAAUUCAGAGAAAAGUGUCAGUAAAUGAUGGAAUGGAGAAGGCAGUGAGAAAUUGUUUGCUCUGCUUCGUGCAUCAUGAUCUUAACAUGCAACCUUAGGACACCAUGUUGGCUUUAGAUGGAGCAACUUUUCUGCAAAUACUUAAAAGACAAACUCAUUCUGGGACCUGAGAAUAUAAUUUGUUCCUCAUAUCACACAUGGGUUGGCGUCUUUUUUUGGAUCCCACCCUUUUCAGGAAGGCUUGGGCUAAACGGUGUCUAUUCGCUGUCAUUCACAACUUUCAUGUGGCUUGUAAUAAGAACUUUUUCCUAUAAGCAUUCAAUUUUUGCCCA